GCUGGAGAGCGACGGAGUGGGAGGGAGACAUGUGAAGCAAGAAGGAAGGGGGGCGGUCAGUGUGUAUGUGUGUGUGCAUGAGUGUGUGUGUGCGCGCGUGUGUGCGUGAAGGACGAGGCUGAGUGGCGAGAUAGAGCCACAAGCUAGGGGGAAGUCAAUCCUGUCAGCCCAAGUUGUCGUGCGGCUGUGGAAGAAAGACACAUCGCACUGGAGUGGGAGUGAGUUCAGAGAGGAGGAGAAGAAGAAACAAGAUAACUGCUGCUUCUCUUCUUCUUGGCUCGAGGGAGAGCGUGGAUGGUGUGAUCUCCUCCACCAUGGGAUGCAGCCUUUGUACCCUGCAGAAGCCCGAGGAGCAAUAUAAACUACUCUACGAAGUGUGCCAGUUUCUGCAUCCUCCUGGGCACGUGUACUUUGACCCUGAUUUCCUUGAGGGUAUACAGCAGGACAUAGAGCGGGAGGAGCUGGAAUAUGAGGAGGUGGAUUUGUACAGAGACAACAUUCAAGACAAGCUCGGCCUGACUAUCUGUUACAGGACUGACGAUGAGGAUGAGGCUGGGAUCUACAUUAGUGAGAUUGAUCCAAACAGCAUUGCGGCAAAAGAUGGCAGAAUUAGAGAAGGUGACAAAAUCAUACAGAUCAACGGUGUUGAGAUCCAAAAUCGAGAGGAUGCCGUGGCACUGCUAACCAGUGAGAGCAACCAGAACAUCUCCCUGCUGGUGGCCAGGCCAGAGAUCCAGGUGAUUUCACAAACUGUUAUUGGUGUCAACUCAAUAAAGGUUUUAGUUUGGAACCAAAUUGCCUACAACACUGGUGAGAGCUGCCGCAGCACCCCUCUGACUCUGGAACUGUCUCCAGAUAAUUCACUCCGUAGAGUAGCAGAAAACCAAGCUGGGCCGUCGGGCUCCAGCGGCAGGAUGCUGAAGCCCCUCCUGUCUCCGGUGCAGGAAGCUUGCAGCCCGAGCCGGAGCAGAAGCUCAUCCAAGGAUCCAGAUGGAGCGCUGCAGGCAGAGGGCAAAGAGAGAAAGCCCGGAGAGUCUAGUAAGAGCGGGCGAGGCUUCUCUCAGCCGCACUCACCUUACAAGCACGCUCACAUCCCCGCCCAUGCCCAGCACUACCAGAGCUACAUGCAGCUGAUCCAGCAGAAGUCAGCCGUAGAGUAUGCUCAGAGCCAGAUGAGCCUGGUCAGCAUGUGUCGGGAUCCCAUUACCCCCAGCGACCUGGAGCCGAAGAUGGAGUGGAAGGUGAAGAUCCGCAGCGACGGCACACGUUACAUCACCAAGAGGCCCGUCCGGGACAAGCUGCUGAGGGAACGCGCCCUCCGGAUUCACGAGGAGCGCAGCGGUAUGACCACAGAUGACGACGCCAUCAGCGAGCUGAAGAUGGGCCGCUACUGGAGCAAGGAAGAGAGGAAGCAGCACGCGGUGCGUGCCAAGGAGCAGAGGCAGCGCCGCGAGUUCAUGAAGCAGAGCCGAGCCGACUGUCUGAAGGAGCAGGCCACCCUGGAGGACAAAAAGGAGCCGAACAUCAUCGAACUCAGCCACAAAAAGAUGAUGAAAAAGAGGAAUAAGAAAAUAUUUGACAACUGGAUGACCAUUCAAGAACUUCUCACCCAUGGUACCAAGUCACCAGAUGGCACGAGGGUGUACAACUCCCUCCUGUCUGUGACUACGGUCUAAGUCCUGUUCAGGCCUGCUAGAGGAGAAGAGACUUGAGUGUAAUGGUCUGUACAUAGGACUCUAACAGCUGGGGUGCAGAUUCCUGCCUCGUUCAAGGUGGCAACACGUGUAAAUAGGAAAUAAACACCUUUUCUGUGUGAGCAUUUUCCCCACUGCAGUGAAAAGAGGGCUCCUGAAACAACGGUUGGACCUCGAGUGAGUUGGAUUAGGAGACCGUGUAUGAGGAAGAUUUUGGAAGCAUAAUUCAAUAAUCUUUUCUACCUUCGUGCCUGCUUUUUUGAAGAUUUUUUUGAAACACAAAUACAAUAUUUGACUUUUUUGGAAGGUUUUGAAAGUGUGUAAAGACAGUGUGCCAUACAUUAAAAAGCCAGCAUUUACACUAUUUUACAUUAUUUUGUUCGUACUAUAUAUCUCUUCAGUAUUUUUGCUGUAAUGUGUACGUAAUGCUUUUACCAAAACAAUAUUUUCCUGCGAGGUGAAACACUUAACCUUUUCAAAAGGACUUUUUGUAAAUUUAAAAAAAAAUCCAACUUUUGUAUCAAAUUCACUUUGUUGUUUUGCUUUCCCUUGAAUGGUGCUGAUGUCCCAAAGUUUAAAGCCACCAGCGAUGUACCGUCUGUUACAUAAUGUAGCGAGCAUCAUAACGUGAUAUCACCAUGUAUGUACGUAUAUUUAGAGAAAGACAUUUCUCACGUUGCUGAAACUGAAAUGUCUGUUUGUUCAAGCACACACUGUAGUUGCUUUGGUAGGGUUUCAUGUAUUGGUCAGAAUAACAGCUUAAGCAAAUCUUUAGUUAACCACCCAAUUUGAUGUCUUGUAAAAUGAGAGAAAUAAUAAAUUAUUGUUUUAUAUAUGACGAGCUUUGAAAA